GUGAAGUGUCGUGUUGCAACCGGAAGCAAAAAAGGCUUGUUUAAAGUGUAUAAACUUAUUUCGUUAGCUGGAUGGAAACGAAAUAUUAAGCCUUUUCGAGGCAAACAUGAACAAGCUGAAGUCCUUUCAGAAGGAUAAAGUUCGACAGUUUAUCAUUUUCACUCAAACUAAUGAGAAGACGGCUGUAACCUGCUUGUCCCAGAAUGACUGGAAGCUAGACGUCGCCACCGACAAGUUUUUCCAGAAUCCGGAGCUCUACGUCUCAAAUGUUAAGGGGGCUUUAGACAAGAAGAAGCUUGAGCAGCUGUACAACCGAUACAGAGAACCUCACGAUCAAAACAAAAUAGGCGUUGAUGGGAUCCAGCAGUUCUGCGAUGACCUGGGUCUGAAUCCUGCCAGCAUGAGCGUCCUUCUGAUAGCCUGGAAGUUCAGGGCAGCAACGCAGUGCGAAUUCUCCAAACAGGAGUUCAUAGAAGGCAUGACGGAUCUGGGGUGCGACAGCAUCGAGAAGCUAAAAUGCCAGCUGCCGAAGAUGGAGCAUGAAUUAAAGGAUCACGGAAAAUUUAAAGGCUUUUACCAGUUUACGUUUGAUUUUGCAAAGAAUCCGGGUCAGAAGGGUUUGGAUCUGGAAAUGGCGAUCGCAUACUGGAAUUUAGUCCUGGCUGGGAGAUUCAAGUUCCUGGAUUUGUGGAACCAGUUUUUACUCGAGCACCACAAAAAAUCAAUUCCCAAGGACACCUGGAAUCUGUUACUAGACUUCAGCACCAUGAUCACUGACGACAUGUCAAAUUACGACGAAGAAGGAGCCUGGCCCGUCCUUCUUGAUGACUUUGUAGAGUUUGCACGGCAGCACAUUGGGACCAAAAGCACGGCGGUUUAAGGGUGGCAGAGUUUCACGACUGGAUGGCCUGUGCAGAGCGCCACACGGUCAUCAUCAUGCCUUUUAAACACUCAGGACUCAAAUGUUUUACAGCGACUACGUAAACAUGUCUGUACGUUCUGCUUGACUAGUUUGAGGACUUGGCCUGUAGUGCUGAUAUGUUAGAAGCCACCUGGAAAGGAUCUUGACUCUUGUGUUUUUCUGGUAAUGGUCGUCUUUAAAGGCGUGUGGAUGUGAUCUGGAAGUGUAAUGUGAAUUCAUAGCUUUUUAAAAGGGAUAUUGUAUUUUAAUACAAAUCUUUUUUUGCAUCUAUCAUGAUGUAUCAUGAUGUGUGUCAGGCCAGUUUAAAACACUGGGAUUUUUAAAACAGAAUUGUUAAGGAAAAAUAAAAGUUUCCAUUUGCUUUAGUGUCUUUAAUCUUUGUUUUUUGUUGUUUUUUAAGAGCUUUGGGUUUAGGAUGUUUGCUUCAUUAUUUGUCCUUUCAAAAUAAAUUCUUGAAAUAUAAAACCUGCAAGAUUUACUCUGUGGAUAUUGUCUUUUAAGAUCAAUAGAUUCAUUUAGAGGUGAAAAAUAUGGAAUAUCAAGACUGUUUCAUUGUUCAGUAUUAAUUUAAUUGAAUUAUGGUCUUUAUUUCAGUUUGUUUUGGAUGUUAUUACAAGCUUACAUAUGUGUAUGUAUGAAUGAUAAUGUCAUUAAUAAACAGAAGGUUAUUGUCUAA